AUGGCUCAAUCACGAACACACACAAAAGUCAUCGUUGUCGGAGGCGGCGGCACGAUGGGUUCUUCAACCGCAUUACAUUUGCUUCGAUCCGGAUACACCCCCUCCAACAUCACCGUCCUUGAUGAAUAUCCAAUUCCAUCUGCACAGUCUGCGGGCUACGAUCUAAACAAGAUCAUGAGCAUUCGCUUGCGCAAUAAAGUCGAUCUGCAACUUUCCUUAGAGGCGCUCGAUAUGUGGAAAAAUGAUGAUUUGUUCAAGCCAUUCUUUCAUAAUGUGGGAAUGAUUGAUUGUUCUUCCUCGGAGGACGGCAUUGCAAACCUCAGAAAAAAGCUUCAAUCUCUUAUUGACGCCAAUGUCGGACUUCAAAAUACAAAUUUCUGGCUAGGGAGUGAAGAGGAAAUACUGCAAAAGCUGCCACAGUUUACGAAAGAACAGGUCAAGGGAUGGAAAGGCCUACUUUGCGGCGACGGAGGCUGGCUCGCAGCGGCCAAAGCCAUCAAUGCCAUUGGUCAAUAUCUGAAGGAGCAAGGUGUGAACUUUGGCUUUGGCCGUGCUGGCGCUUUCAAAAAGCCUCUGUUUGCCGAUGAUAAAGUCACUUGCAUCGGCAUUGAGACGGUGGAUGGAACAAAAUAUUUUGCAGACAAGGUUGUUCUGGCUGCUGGUGCUUGGAGUUCGACCUUGGUCGAUCUAGACGAUCAAUGUGUUUCGAAAGCCUGGGUAUUUGCUCACAUCAAGCUCACACCCGAAGAAGCGGCUCGUUAUAAAAACAUGCCGGUCGUCUAUGACGGGGAAUACGGAUUCUUCUUCGAACCUAACGAAUACGGUAUAAUCAAAGUCUGCGACGAGUUCCCUGGCUUUACACGUUUCAAGGAGCACCAACCAUACGGUGCUGCCUCUCCCAAACUCAUCUCCGUUCCACGAUCACACGCCAAACAUCCCACAGAUACUUACCCUGAAGCUUCCGAAGUGAGCAUUAGGAAAGCCAUCGCGAGAUUCCUACCGCAGUUCAAAGAUAAGGAGGUUUUCAACCGAUCGAUGUGCUGGUGCACAGAUACCGCCGAUGCCAAUUUAUUGAUUUGCGAGCACCCUCGAUGGAAGAAUUUUAUCCUGGCUACUGGGGAUAGUGGCCAUUCCUUUAAGCUUCUUCCAAACAUCGGAAAACACGUCGUUGAGUUGAUCGAGGGCACUCUAUCUCAACCACUGACCGACUCAUGGAGAUGGAGACCAGGUGGUGAUGCUCUCAAGUCUCGGCGUGCUGCUCCCGCGAAGGACCUUGCUGAUAUGCAACUAUACACACAUAGUAGAUUGUCG